GCAGCAGGGCAGCGGCGGCGAUGGCGCAGCAGCGGUGGGUCCGCCUGUCCCUGGACAAGCCCCACAGCACCGCCUGCGUCCUGGGCACCGAGCUCGCCCUCGACGUCUCCGGGUCAGCCCCUGUGGGUGCCACAUCCUUCGAUGUCUGGGGGACAGCAGGAGUCAACCGGUAUAUUGUCCACAAUGGAGAAACUUUGAAGAUACCUUCCUGUGUGCCCAGGUGGCCCUUGAAGACCAACAUAGAGGCCAUAAUAACCAUGGAUGCCCGGAGCACCAAAGUCAACAGUGACAAGGUCAGAAUUUCAUACUACAAGGAUAACGGGAAGGGGCCAAUGGCCCAGGCUCUGCUCUACCUCACCUGCGUAGAGAUCUCCUUGGAUGUCGAUACGAGCCGCUCAGGGAUUGUGAACAGGAGAGCUAAAGACAAGAAAAAUUGGACGUGGGGCCCGGAAGGCAAAGGAGCCAUCCUCUUGGUCAACUGUGACAGAGAUUGCCCUGGAGCAAAGGGCAUGGACAACCAGGACCUGAAAGUGGAAUCGUACACAGACCUCAAGGAUAUGUCCCAAAUGAUUGUGACUGCUUACGGACCUGCAACCAUUUUUGAUGACUACCAGCUGGUCCUUCACGUUUCCGCCUCCGACCAUGACAAAGUGCAGGUCUUCCACGCGAAGGGGGGAAAGCAGCUGCAGCAUUACAACCACGUUUUGGGAUCAGGAAAGCACUCCUACGUGGUGGAAUGUGACGGCUUCCAAGAGAAUAUCUUCUACGUGGAAGGACUGGCCUUUCCAGAUGUCAACUUCUCAGGGCUGGUGUCCUUCCAUGUCACGUUGCUGGAGAAGCCGUCUGAGGAGAUGCCGGAUGUUCCCAUCUUUAAUGACACUGUGGUUUUCCGGGUGGCUCCAUGGAUCAUGACCCCUAAUACUUUGCAGCCGAUCGCCGUGUAUAUCUGCAGUGUUAAGUUCAAUGAUGACUUCGUAGCCGCCGUGAGCAAACUCACUGUGAAGGCUGGCUGCAAACUGAUCAUCUGCCCAGAACAGGAAAAUCGUCAGGACCGCUGGAUUCAGGAUGAGAUGGAGAUCGGCUACGUGCAGGCGCCACACAAGGGGUUCCCCGUGGUCUUCGACUCCCCCAGAAAUGGAACACUGAAAGAUUUUCCAUUUAAAGCUGUUUUGGGCCCAGAUUUUGGUUAUGUGGCGCGUGAUCCAGGUAAUAACAAAAUUGGCUCCAGCUUGGACUCCUUUGGAAACCUUGAAGUCAGCCCUCCGGUGACGGUCGGGGGCAAGCAGUACCCCCUGGGCAGAAUCCUUCUCGGCAGCUACUUCCCCAGCUUCAAGGGUAACUGCAUGGUCAAGGUCGUCCGGGACUUCCUUUAUGCCCAGAAAGUGCAGCCACCCGUGGAGCUGUACUCCGACUGGCUGGUUGUGGGCCACGUGGACGAGUUCUUGACAUUUGUUCCGGCUCCUGAUCGGAAGGGUUAUCGGCUGCUCCUGGCCAGCCCCACCGCCUGCUACCAACUGCUGAAGGUGAAGGAGCAGGAAGGCCACGGAGAGGCUCUCAUGUUUGAAGGAGUGAAAAAAAAACAACAACUCUCAAUCAAGAAGAUUCUCUCUGACCAAGACCUGAGGAACAACAACAAUUAUUACCAGAAAUGCAUCGACUGGAACAGAGACAUCCUCAAGCAGGAGCUGGGGCUGUCCGAGGAAGACAUCAUCGACGUUCCCCAGCUCUUCACGCGCAACAGCCGAAACGGCAAAGCUGUCGCCUACUUCCCGGACCUGGUGAACAUGCUUGUCCUGGGAAAAUACCUGGGCAUCCCAAAGCCAUUUGGACCCGUUAUUCACGAGCAGUGCUGCCUGGAAGAGGAGGUCCGGCGCCUGUUGGAGCCACUGGGAUUGUCCUGCACCUUCAUCGACGAUUUCGAGACGUACCAUGUGAAACUUGGCGAAAUCCACUGCGGCACCAACGUCCGCCGGAAGCCGUUCUCCUUCAAGUGGUGGAACGUCAUCCCAUGAGUUGGAGGGGAGGGGCUGGAUCCUCUCUUGCACUCCAUGCAUAAUCAGGAAGUGUCUAAGGGCUGUCCCCUCACAGUAUACUUAAAGGCUCCAAACCAUCCCCUUUUUGCCCUGAAGGGUCACUCUGAACCCAUCAAAACGAAGCACAGUCUCAGCCCUUUAACUCACAGCUGACUGGGGCACAACUUCCACCGAAUGAAUCAACCAUGAGGGGCAACCAACAUUCCAAGUAAAAUAGGAGAGGACUCAUCAGACAUUGCUAAGAGAAAGAAGCGGAUGGGUAUAUAACCACGAAUUUCGGCUCUGCCUCUAAAAUAUUCCACCUUUCUUCUUGCUUCCAGUUCACCUACUUAAAAACUGAAGCCUUCCUCAUUCCAAAGCAAGUUUGGCACUUGCUGACCCAGAGAAUAGUCCAAAGGACCGUUCUAGUUGAACUAGAGAAAGGGAGGCAAAACGAAGGGGUGGUGGAGGAAGGGGACAUCCAAAUACACCUGGCAUAGGUUGUGUUCUUUUCCUUCUGUCACUAGCAGAUCAUUUUGUACAUUCUUUUCCCUAUAAAACAGGAGUCCUGUGGUCCCUUGUAGACCAACAACAUUUAUUCCAGUGUGAGCUUUCAUGAGGCCGAGCUCACCUCUGUAGAUGCCAGAAUAAAUGUUAUUAGUCUUUAAGCGGGCCCUGAUUUCCUCCAUGCAUUCUUUCACCAAACAGGGCUGCCCCACUGAAGUGUCCCCUAAGGCCUCAUUUUACUCCAGGUGCAGAAUAGAAUUUAUUUGUAAUUUAUUUCGGUUAGAUGCCUGAGCUGCUGGCUUAGUAUGGCCCACUGAGGGAAAACCAGACCCAGAUUUACAGACAUUUCCACAGCCCUCUUAUCCUGCCACCUGACAUACUCUGGCCAGCUUGAUUUCCUUCACAUUCCUUUGUCAUAAGAGCCAACUUUGGCGGUCCACAAGCACAUGUCAUGUUCGGGUAGGUUCCAAGCCAUUAAAAACAUGCAACGGCUGCGUUCACAGAUAUGAGAGGCUUUGUUCAGUGAGCACCCUCCAGCGGUCACUCUGUGGUCAAGGCCAGUUGGACAGACCAGAUCUACUCCCAGCUCAAUCUCUGGUGGGCCCACUGACCAAUGCCUAGUGCAGUGGUGGCAAACCUUUGGCACUCCAGAUGUUAUGGACUACAAUUCCCAUCAGCCCCUGCCGGCAUGGCCAAUUGGCCAUGCCGGAAGGGGCUGAUGGGAGUUGUAGUCCAUAACAUCUGGAGUGCCAAAGGUUCACCACCACAGGCCUAGGGCCACAGAAGCUGGGAUUGUGACCGGUGCUACUGCUGGAUGGCCCAACCAGUGGGAACUUCCUUGGCCACCGAGAGAGUCUCCUCCGCUUCCAAUCCAUGCAGAACUCAGUCCCGAGGGCCAAAGCAGGUGACUUGAAGUGGCCAUUCUGACAAUCUGGGCACAGUGAGGAGGUUCACCCCUCUCCUGCCCCUAAAAGUGUGGGACAAGGUCAUCGGUGCCACAGAAUAAGGAUGAAAACUAUGCAUUUCCUUUUUCAUAAAUGGGGUAAUGUUGAUUUCUAUACUUCUGUUGAUCUUUUUAAAUAUAUAUAUAUAUAUAUAUAUGCCAAUAAACUCCCCCCUCGAUUGUUUUUACAAGCUGUUUGAUAAAGGUCUGAAGAAAUGUUGAGUGUUGGUUAAUGGCAUUAUGGCACAGAGAUGGGUAAUGGAUCCCCACUGGCAGAGACUUUGAGUGGGUGCUUUCUGGUGGCAGGAGAAGGGGCUGCUCUGGAGUGCGGGACCAGUAGGUUUAUUUGGGCAAUCCCAGCAAAGACAAGAAGGCAGUGAAGAAGCAAACAAGUGACCCUGACAUUUGGACCCCUGGCAUCGAGGGGACCCGAGCAGAGCGUCUGCUUGGCCUGCAGAAACAUCUGCAGAACAUCUGGAGCUGAGAGGAUGGGAUUCGGUAGCCGGUGAUACGAUCUGCCAGUCAAAGGAGACCAGACAUACCUUCGGGGACCAGAGGGGGUCCGAUUCAAGAGAAGAUGACUUCCUGUUUUCAUCAAGUAUAUUAGUCAAUUUUGUGUGUAGAAUCAUCCUAUCCUGUCCCUUAAGAACUGAAGUUAGGAAUCCCAGGUUUCUACAGAAUGGUUGGUUUUCAGCCACCUGGCCCUAAAAAAAUCUAAUAUUUGCAGACAUCACGUGACCAGACAUGGCCUCAGGGAACAGAUGUUUAUAUUGGUGCGUUCCAUCAACUUUUCUAGUUCAAUUGCCAUCAGAGGUACAGGUGGACUCAGGUGAACUUUGUCUUGUACAUUAUGUUGGUAUAGUGACUUUGGCUUAUUAAAUCUGUUCAGCUAUGCAGCACAUAAA